AUGUCAAAUGAUCCAGCAUCAGUACUAGAAAAUACAAAGGAUUCAUCCCAACUCCCUGAUUUUUCCGAUAUAGUACAGGGAGAAGAUUUAGAAUUUCGCCAGUCUAAAACACCCACUUUCCCCGUUGUGCACAAGAUUGAGAAACUAGGAGAGAUACCACCACCUACCAUACUAUCUCGACUUUCAAACAAUCAGUUAAUUACCAUCGCUGGUGCAGCAUCUGGGUUUCUAGCAGGAAUAGUGGUGUGUCCUUUAGAUGUGGUAAAAACUCGAUUACAAGCUCAAGGUACCGUGGGGGAAAAUUUAAAGUAUAAUGGGUUUUUAGGGACAUUUCAAACCAUUCUUCAUGAAGAAGGGAUUCGUGGAUUAUAUCGUGGGUUAGUGCCUACCAUGAUUGGAUAUUUGCCUACAUGGACGAUUUAUUUCACCGUAUAUGAACAAGCUAAAAAAUUCUAUCCAUCAUUUUUACAGCAAUAUAAUAUCGAGAAUCCAUCGAUUGUACAUUUCUGUUCGGCAUUGACUGCUGGAAUGACUAGUUCGAUUGCUGUAAAUCCAAUUUGGGUUGUGAAAACUCGAUUAAUGGUACAAACUGGGAAAGAGGGCCAACAGGUAUAUUAUAGGGGCACUUUUGAUGCCUUCAAAAAAAUGUAUCAACACGAAGGAUUAAAAGUGUUUUAUAGUGGGUUGAUCCCAUCAUUGUUUGGAUUGUUACAUGUUGGAAUACAUUUCCCCGUGUAUGAAAAACUCAAGAGCUUGUUUCAUUGCAAUUUAGUCUCAAAUGAUUCUAGUUCAAAUGGGGUGUUAUGGAGGCUUAUUGCUGCGUCUUCUUUCUCGAAAAUGGUUGCUAGUACAGUCACUUAUCCACAUGAAAUACUAAGAACAAGAAUGCAACUUCGACGUGACAAGGGGAAAUCAAAAUCAUUAAUCAAGACCGUUUCGUCGAUUUUCCAAAAGGAUGGAAUCAGAGGAUUUUAUUCAGGGUACUUUACUAACUUGGCACGAACGUUACCUGCUAGUGCUGUGACAUUGGUUAGUUUUGAAUAUUUCAAAACAUAUUUAUUAGAGAUUAACGGGAGACUUAAAAGUAAGUUUACACAUUAG